UACUGCAUCACGGGUAUCCCUGUGUGCAGCAUUGUAACAAAUUGACGCCGCUUGUUAUUGAAACAUUUGCAGUGAGGAUGUGUUCAUGACGUCACCGCGGCACAUCGCGUUACGUCACAUUCCGGUAAAUCGACGUGUUUUGUCGCGCUCCGAUUGGAUCGCGCUCUCCGUGCCAGAAACGGUACGCUUUCGGUGUAAUGACACAAUUAAAGGACGUUGAUCCGUUCACAUCCCGCUUAAUGGCAAGCAGCUGAUAUCCGAUGGACUGUAAAUGAUGAAAAAUCGGGAGUAUCAACAAAUAGACCCACAGGCACUCGCGACACCCACGCCGACUCCGACGCCUCCAACACGACCUCUUCCCGAGCACAGGAGCAAACGAGCUCGGAGAAAAUGGGAGGUGUUUCCCGGGAAAAACCGCUUUUGUUGCGAUGGACGCAUCAUUGUGGCGCGUCAGAGCGGCGUGUUGCCUCUCACGCUCGGGCUUAUCCUGCUCACCAGUGGACUGUUUUUCAUAUUCGACUGCCCAUUCCUGGUGAAACAUCUCACCCGCUUCAUCCCAGCAAUUGGAGGGGUCCUAUUUGUUUUUGUGAUCAUCUCUCUUCUUCAGACAAGCUUCACAGACCCUGGGAUUCUGCCCAGAGCAACUCCAGAAGAGGCUGCAGACAUUGAGAAACAGAUUGACAAGCCAACUAGCUCUUCCUCAUCCUACCGCCCCCCUCCACGCACCAAAGAGGUCGUCAUCAACCAGCAGGUGGUUAAACUGAAGUACUGCUUUACCUGUAAGAUUUUCCGCCCUCCUCGCACCUCCCACUGUAGCCUGUGUGAUAACUGUGUGGAGCGGUUUGAUCAUCACUGCCCCUGGGUCGGGAACUGUGUGGGAAAACGCAACUAUCGCUUUUUCUACACCUUCAUCGUGUCGCUGUCUCUUCUCACAGCCUUCAUCUUUGGUUGUGUAACCACACACCUGGCUCUGAGGUCACAAGGAGGAAAUGGGCUGGUCAUCGCUCUUCAAGAAAGUCCUGCCAGUGCUCUUGAAUUAGUGGUCUGCUUUUUUUCUGUGUGGUCCAUUUUAGGCCUCUCAGGCUUCCAUACAUACCUUGUAGCUGCAAAUCUUACCACCAAUGAGGAUAUUAAAGGUUCCUGGUCAGCAAAAAGUGGAAAUGAGGAUGUUGGAAAUCCUUACAGCUAUAACAAUAUCAUCAAAAACUGCUGUGCUGUCCUCUGUGGACCCAUGCCGCCCAGUUUGAUUGACAGGCGAGGGUUUGUGCCCUCUGAUGACUCCGUUCAGACCAGCCCUGUAGAAGCUCAACUUCCAGCUGCUAAAAACGACAUAAACAUGGAAAAAGAUUGCCUGGAUUUUGCCCUGUCUUGUGCCAGUUGAUGGUUCAGUAGGCAAAAGCAGGGGUUUAUGGGGAGGUUGGUAAGACCAUAGUCAAGUGUUUGGGACAUAUGUUUGAUUCACAUGCUUUUGGCCUGCAUGCUGCCUGACGCACUGAUUGCUGCUGCAAUGGCAGAAUUACAGGAGCGAUGCCUGAUGUCUUUACAAUAUCUGCUUACGUUCAGCUCUGCCCCUACACCCAUUCUGACCACUUAAAACUAUUUCAUGUAUAUGACAACUUUAAUAGAUGUAUGUACAACUAAUUAUAUUUUCAACUUCUUAUAUGUAUCAUUUUGCUUGUCUGCUAAUUCAGAGUAUCAUGCCAUGGGCCUAAACUUUAAGGGAAUAAUUCACCCACAAAUACAUAAAAAUUAAUGACCCCUAUCAUAAAAGUCAAAACAGGACUUUUUGUCUCUCUUGGCAUGCUGCUAGUCAUGCUUAUAAGAAACAAGUGUCUUCUAUUUACCGCAUACUGCGCUAACGUUGCAGUGUAACGUGAGUCACUUGUAAUAUUUUCAUCUUAUUUAGUGAAAUGUAAUGCUUACUUCACAUCUUGAGAUAACAAGAAAAGUAUUAAUUUGUGUUUAACUGUAGAAAGGAAGUCAUAUGGCAUGAUGUUAAUAUGUUAAAGUUUUCGUAAGGUGUUCAUUUGGGCACAUUUACACCUGGUGCUUUACUCUGGCAGUAAUGUUAAAUGAUGGAUUGUUUGGUUCUCAUCUGUCUUGUGACCAAUUGUGAGGUGUCGGGUUUUAAAAUGUCUAAAUGCACUUACAUUUUAGUGCUAUGACGAGGAAGUUUUUUAGUAAUAAACCAUGUUGUCAUGAUUAGAAAAAGACAGGAAAUAUUGGAUUACAAUUUAAGUUAAGACUCCAAAGAACAACCCAGUAAAGGUGAGAGUCCAAACAAACCAAGAAGUUUGCAUUACUUUUAGAUUAAGUGUAAGUUUUAAUUGUAACCAGUGGCUUUUCUCUCUUGACGCUAACUAAUUGUGAGGUUUCAAUUACACUUUACUUGAGUAUUCAUCAAAGUAGUCUAAUUACAGAUACUAACUAACUGUCCUCAAACAACUCAAAUUUCUGUCUUUUUCUCUUAUAAAGGUGUUGUGUGCAGAGGAAUAUAACAUGUGUCAUGGUUCCUUUAGGAUUUUUUUAUUUUUAUUUUGAAGCUUGUCACCCUAUGGUCAGACUCACACAUUCAAUAUCUUUUCCAGAAACCACAUGAGGCUUAGGAAAUAAUGAUAUACAGAACUUUUUAAUUUUGAAUAGACUAUAACCCUUUAAAAAGGUGUAAGUGAAACUGGUUGUAUUUUUUACCAUGUUCACACUGUCAGUCCUGAUUCUUCUAGAAUUUGCAUGUUUCAAAUCACAUUUUUGGAAAUCUGCAUUCUGCAUAGCUUUUUUUACUUUUCACGUUCUCACAAACAUAUAGCCCUUAUAGGGUUCCCACGGGUCCUUAAAAUCCUUGAAACUUUGUGAAUCUGGGGGGGGGGGUUCAAGGCCCUGGGAAGUUAUUGUACAUACAUAGAUACAGGUCAUUGAAAGUGCUUGAAUCUAUUUUAUGCAAGCAGUUUUCUGGAAAAAAAAACCCAUUCCCUGUGUAGUGUAGGAUAAUAUCAUAAAAACUCUAGACUUUAAGCACACGUGCUUAACUGUUCACUUUAAAUGCUUAUAUCUUCUGUAUGCGAAUGUUGAUUUCGAUGUUGCCAAAAUGCUUUUUGGCAUAGUUGUGUUUGACACAUGAAAACGUCUCGGGUUACGUAUGUAACUGUUGUUCCCUGAGAAGGGAACGAGACGCUGCGUCUCCCUUGCCGUACUUCCUGCGUCCCUGUAACGCCGUCUUUGGCAAUAUUUCAGAUAGCGAUAUACUUCCUGGCUCUCGCGUCACCCUGUCUUUGUCGUUAAGCCUCACCAUUGGUUGAAUUUGAUAUACACAUUCAGACGCACUUACCCCUGGAGGCGUCCCCAAAGUGUCACUGCAGUGACGCAGCGCGAGUUCCCUCGAAAGGGAACUGUAACAAUGUAUCUUAAAAGCUAACACGAUGUAACCUUGCUCUCACUUGAAAUGUGUCCCCACAUUUAGUCCUUGAAUUUGAGGGUAUUGCACCUGGAAAGUCCUUGAAUUCGAAGUUAACUAAGGUGUGGGAACCCUGAAUAUAGCAAAGACAUCAGAUGUUGUUGCAGAACCAAGGUUGUUGUGUUAUUGCUGAUGUGCAACAAGGAACAAGACCUCCUGUUUCUGCCAUUGCUUUAUUACACGAAAUAGUCCAGAACCAUGCUACAGGACACACAGAUUGGAUCUAAACAGUUGUGAUGAACAGUGUGUGAAUAGUCAGUCAUUGCAAUUGGAUAUGCACAGAAUUAAACUGACAGUGUGUACAAUAACUUUGAAAAAAUAAAUCUAUUCAGAGAGACCAAUAAAGAAGGGAACAAGUAUGUUGAAACCAAUGCCCUUUUGUGCUGCUGAUGCUCAACUAGAGAGGAGUUGUUUAUUAUAGCCGAGUGCUGUGCUUUCUUUUAAUUGGCUUACUGCUUAACAGUUUAAGGUUUUGCUUUGAUCUAAAAUGUUUUGGCUGCUGAUUAAAAUCUCCUAUUUUCUGUCUUUUUGUGUUUGGCAUCA